AUGACUGUCCCCAAUGGCUCUGCCGCCAACGGUCACACGACCUCGCGUCGAGAACUGCCUCUGGGCAUCUAUGCACCGACUAUGACCUUCUUCGACCCUGAGACGGAGGAGCUCGACAUUCCCGUCAUCAAGAAACAUGCCGAGCGUCUGGCUCGCGCCGGCCUGGCCGGCCUCGUCACCAUGGGCUCCAAUGGCGAGGCCAUCCACUGUACGCGAGAGGAGAGACUGGCCGUAACAAAGGCCACUAGGGAGGCAUUGGACGAGGCCGGCUUCAAGGACAUGCCUAUUAUCAUUGGCGCUACCGAGGGCAGUGUCAAGGGCACCAUCGAGCUGUGCAAGCUCGCCAAGGAAGCCGGUGCCGACUACACUCUGUUGCUGCCCCCCUCAUACUUCCGCACGCUCAUGGAUGAGGAGGCCAUCACCACCUACUUCACCGCUGUGGCAGACGAGAGCCCUUUGCCUCUGGUUCUGUACAACUAUCCCGGUGCCGUCGCCGGCAUUGAUAUGGACUCGGACCUGAUCAUCAAGCUCGCCGAGCACCCCAACAUCAUCGGCACCAAGUUCACCUGCGGCAACACGGGCAAGCUGACCCGCGUCGCUCUCGCCACCGACGCCAAGACUCCCGGGUCCAAGGGCUCAGGCUACAUGGCCUUUGGCGGCAUCUGCGACUUCACCGUCCAGACGCUCGCCAGCGGCGGCAGCGGCAUCAUCGCCGGCGGCGCCAAUGUCAUGCCCAAGCUCUGCGUCAGGGUCUGGAACCUGUACGCCGAGGGCAAGCGGGACGAGGCCAUCGCGCUGCAGAAGAAGCUGUCCAAGGGCGACUGGGUGCUCACCAAGGCCUCCAUCGCUGGCACCAAGUCGGCCAUCCAGAGCUACUACGGCUACGGCGGCUACCCCCGCCGGCCGCUCAAGAGGCUCGACAAGGCCCGCGUGUCGGCCAUUGCCGAGGGCAUCAAGGAGGCGAUGGAGAUUGAGAACAGCCUAUAG